AUGCAGGCCGCCACCUCCUACCACAUCAAGCUCCUCCUGGCCGGGUUUAUGUACCAGGCGGCUGCGGCGUUCUGGGGGCAGGACCCCGGUUGCCCAGGCUUGGAUUGCCUUGGGAGAGUGUCCCUGCCUGGAGCAGGUGGUAUUCUGCAGCUGCCUCUCACCGCGGACAGGAUGCCUUUCCCGACCUGGUGGGUGCUCCUGGGCAUCUGCACGGGCGUGCCAGGGCUGCAAGCAGCGGCGAGCGAUUUCCCACCACCGUGUGCCAGCCCCAUCUACUGCACCGGGGAGCUGCUGAGGCAGGUCCAGAUGAACAAGCUUUUCUCCGACGAUAAGCACUUUGUGGACAUGCCCCUGCGGGGGAGCCCAGAGACGGUUCUGCAGGACUUCCAGCAGCUGGUGAAUGCCGCGCCUGGCGGGGCUGUGUCCAAGCAACAGCUGGCGGCCUUUGUCCAGGCCCACUUCUCUCCCCCCGGGCAGGAGCUGGAGCCCUGGGAGCCCUCGGACUGGACGCAGAGGCUGCCGUCCGCGGCCCUGCCCCUGAGCCUCCUCCUCUUCCUCGCCCCGUCUGCAGAGGCGCGGCAGGCGCUGUGGGCCGAGCUGAAGGGCGCGGCGGAGUCGGGCUGGGACUUCUCCUCGCGCUGGUUCCUGCCGGGGCCGCCGCCCGUCGAGGCCACGCUGCAAGACACGCAGGCCAGCGCCGUCGUGCCCGUCGACCUCAACGCCCUCCUGUGCCGCGUGGAAGCGCUCCUGGCCGCCUUCUGCGACGCGGGGGCGGGCCCCUCCCCGGCCGAGCGGUUCCGAGCCGCUCACAGGCGGCGCGUGGCUGCGGUGCGCGCCGUCCUGUGGAACGAGGAGGCCGGCGUCUGGCUGGACUACAACCUGGCGCGCCGCAGGCACAACAGGGCCUUCUACCCGUCCAAUUUGACCCCGCUGUGGGCCGAGUGCGGCUUGGAGGGCGCCGACGUCGAGAAGGCCCUGCGCUACCUUGAGAGCAGCACAGCACUGUCCUACGCCCACGGACUGCCCACCUCACUGGCUCGCACGGGGCAACAGUGGGACCUUCCAAACGCAUGGGCCCCGCUCCAGCAUAUGGUGAUUGCAGGUCUGGCCCGGUCAUCCUCCUCCCAGGCCCGAGAGCUGGCCUUCACCUUGGCUCAGAACUGGGUGAGAAUGAACCUGGCUGUCUACGGGACGUACCGGGCCAUGUUCGAGAAGUACGAUGUCGAAGGUGACGGGAACCCGGGGGCUGGUGGGGAGUAUGUCGUUCAGGAGGGCUUUGGCUGGACGAACGGGGUGGCCCUGCAGCUCCUGGAUCUCUUUGGCGACCGUCUCACCGCCGCAGGCCCUGCCCUGCCUUGCUCCGGGGCCUGGGUGGGGGCCUGCCUCAUCCUGCUGCUUGCACUGGGGCCUCUGUGAGUCAGGGAAGGAGCGGGCCUGCUCCACAAAGGCCGGCCUCCUGCGGCCAUAAUAAAAGCAAACUGAACC